CGCCGGGCGGCGAGGAGCGCGGAGCGCGGAGCCGGAGCCAGACGCCGCCGCCGCCACUGCCACCUGCGCGGCGCUCAGCAAGAUGUCAUGGCACCCCCAGUACCGGAGCUCCAAGUUCCGCCAUGUCUUUGGCAAACCAGCCAGCAAGGAGAACUGCUACGACUCAGUGCCCAUCACCCGCAGCGUCCACGACAAUCACUUCUGCGCUGUGAACCCCCACUUCAUUGCAGUCGUGACUGAGUGUGCUGGUGGGGGGGCCUUCCUCGUCAUUCCUCUGCACCAGACAGGAAAGUUGGACCCUCACUUCCCCAAGGUCUGUGGACAUAGAGGAAACGUUUUAGAUGUCAAGUGGAACCCUUUUGAUGAUUUCCAGAUUGCCUCCUGUUCUGAAGAUACCACGAUUAAGAUCUGGGACAUCCCGAAGCAGCUAUUGUCAAAGAACCUCACAGUCUUCAAGAAGGAACUGGUAGGCCACUCCCGCAGAGUGGGCCUGCUGGAAUGGCACCCCACAGCCGCCGACAUCCUCUUCAGCUCUGGCUAUGACUAUAAGGUGAUGGUCUGGAACCUGGACACAAAGGAGUGUGUCAUCAUGAGGCCCGUGAGGACAAUUGACUGUCACCAAGACGUGAUCCUCUCCAUGUCCUUCAAUACCAACGGCAGCCUGCUGGCCACCACCUGUAAAGACCGCAAGAUUCGGAUCCUUGACCCCCGAGUGGGGACCGUUCUCAAGGAAGCCAACUACAAGGGGCACCGGGCCAACAAGGUGCUGUUUCUGGGGAACCUGAAGAAGCUGCUGUCCACGGGUACAUCCCGAUGGAACAACCGGCAGAUGGCCCUGUGGGACCAGGAUGACCUCUCUGUGCCUCUCAUAGAGGAAGACCUAGAUGGCUCUUCAGGAGUGCUAUUUCCCUUCUAUGAUGUGGACACCAACAUGCUCUAUGUGGUGGGGAAGGGAGACGGGAACAUCCGCUACUAUGAGGUGAGCUCGGAAAAGCCUCACUUGAACUACCUGUCCGAAUACCGAUCCUAUCACCCACAGAAGGGGAUUGGUGUCAUGCCAAAGAGAGGUCUUGACGUGUCCUCCUGCGAGAUCUUCCGCUUCUACAAGCUGAUCACAACCAAAAGCCUCAUCGAGCCCGUAUCCAUGAUUGUGCCCCGGCGGUCGGAAUCCUACCAAGAGGACAUCUACCCCUCAACAGCAGGGGCCCAGCCCUCAAUGACCGCCCAGGAGUGGCUCAGUGGGAUGAACAGAGGACCACUCCUGGUGUCCCUCAGGCCUGGCUCUGAGCUGCUGACCCCCCGGCCACAGCCUCCAGGGAGGCCUCUCUCCAACUCCAUGGCCCCAGCCUCACCCCGGUCUCCGGACCUGAUGGGAAAGCUGGCUCCAGAGGGUGGCCGGAGGCUCUUCUCCCUGCUGGAGGAGAAGGUGCCAAGGCGGGCAGCAGAACACAGACUGGAAGAGAAGAAAGCCUGGCUCACAAACGGCUUCGAUGUUUUCGAAUGUCCCCCACCAAAGACAGAGAACGAGCUGCUGCAGAUGUUCUACCGGCAACAGGAGGAGAUCCGAAGGCUCCGGGAGCUGUUGACCCAGCGUGAGGUGCAGGCCAAACAGUUGGAACUGGAGAUCAAAAACUUGCAGAUGGGCUCAGGGAGGUUCUGAACAGGAACCUCUGCCCUCCUUGCCCUCAGGGACACCACUUGGCUUCGUGGGGAGGUCCAGAACCAAGCUACAAGUACCCCAAGAACAACCAUUUCUAUAUUUUUUACCAGAAAAUGAAACUCUCAGUCGCUGAAAGAGGUGCCAGUGGGACCUGGUGCCGUUUUUCUAUUUGCCUUCUUGCAACAAGUUUCUGAAUUGACUUUUUAGGUGUUUAAGUCUGUUUUUAAGGGUCCACGAUGAGCUAUAACUUCUGAACGGGAAAGAACAUUUUAGAAAGUUAGAGCUGGGAGGUGAACCCCCUUGUGAUUUUCAAACUGUAAUCUACAGAGUGAGGGGAAGGCUGAGCAGGAGGGCUAUGCUCCCCUAUACUGCUCCAGCCAGACAGCUCCCCUUCUAUUUGUUCUAUUGAUUGGGCUUCUAUGGAAGAUAUAAUAUUGCUACUAAAAAAAAAAUUCGAAGUUGAAAAUCAUUGAUCGGGUCCAACUCCCCCAUUUUACAGGUAGGGAAACUGAGCUCCUGAGAAGGGCAAGUAACUCAAAGUCACCAGAAUGUUCAUGGUAGAGCUGAGCUGAGAUCUGGGUCUCCUGGCUUUGUCUUCCCACUGUUUCUGGUCUGAUGCGCUUCUCAGCCUAUUGGGCAGGAGUCCUUUGGUUCAGGCCUCAGCUGUACCCCAACUUGCUCAGUGACCUCUGGCAAGGCCUUUCCCCUCUGGUCUCAAUUUCCCCAUCUGAUCAAGGGGGACCUUUGAAUGAGCUGCCUGCUACAGGAUCUACCACCUGAGACAAGAAACCUUGGCCUUGGCCUGAGGAAGCUACAUGUGGGGUGAUGAUCUGGGUUUCCUGCAGAAACUCACAAGACACUGGCAAAGGGGCAGAGAGAGUUUAACCUUAGGGGAAUGAGUCAAGAUUCAACCUGAUUCUAGAAUAUAGACAAGAGGGUCAAAACCAUCCUCUCUUCAACCAGAAUCAGCCAGAUGUGGGUAGAUUCCCUUAUGUGGGGAUGCAGACAUCGAAGAGGUGCCCACGACCACUGACGGCCACCGCCAAAGCCCUUGGGGUCACAGAGCCCACCUCUGCCACUACCCAGAGGCAGCUUCCAGCCCAAGUUAACAGAAAAGGUCCCCCAUAGGAGGUUGAGUGUCCCCUUUACUGGAAGUGUGCAAGCACAGCCCUGUGGCCACCACCCAGGAGGGCCUCUAGAGAGGGGUGGCUGUACUAGGUGAGGAGGCAGGGCUGGAUGGCCCUGAAGUCCCCUUCUGGCCUGAGAGUUUUUGGGUCCUCCUGUGGGACUCUGUGUUCUGAACCUGGUUUAAGGUUCUCUCUUUCUAAGUGGUAAAUAUAAGGGCCCAGCAAAAGACUGGGAGUGACUGGGAGUUCAUCGUGCCCCUCCGUACUGAGGAGAGGCAGACAAUGAGUCUUCCCAAUUGUGCAGGGUGAUUCACCGAAAAUGGGGGCUGCAGGAGGCCACCUGGCCUAGUGGGUUUCAACCCAGGCUGUACAUUAGAGAAGGAACCCUGGUGGUGCAGUGGUUAAGUGCUCAGCUGCUAAACAAAAGGUCAGCGGUUCAAACCCAUCAGCUGCUCUGCGGGAGAAAGAUGUGGCAGUCUGCUUCUGUAAAGAUUACAACCUUGGAAACCCUGUGAGUCGGAAUCGACUCCACAGCAGCGGGUUUGGUUUUUUGUUUGGUUUGUACAUUAGAAUCACCUUGAGGGCGUUCAGAAAAUACAAAUGCUCAGGCCCCACCCCAGAGCAAUUAAAUCUGAAUCUCCAGAGCAGGCGCGGACCUCUGUAUAUGUUUGUAAGCUCCUCGGGUGAUUCUGCAAUGCGGUGAGGAUGGAGACUCACUGGACUAGUCCAUCUGUACUCUUUGCAAUGAAGAUGAAGACAAUAAGCCCCAGACAGGAGCUGGGACUCCAAGGUCUUCGGAGAGCUGGAACUCAAACCCACAUCCUCUAAGUCCUGGCUGGAGGCUCCUAAAAAGUCAAGAAGUGUUGUCCCCAGCCCUGCCCCUGGUCUCUCUGGGACCCCAGUGCAGCAUGAUGGGGGCUGUCUGUUCCUGUUUGCCCCCUCCCUAACCAUGGCUGAUUCCCCUUGUCUGUCUACACCCACCAGACGCCCACAUUCCUGUUCCUUUUCUAGUCUUCCGUUCACUCAGUCACUGGAGCUUGCUCCAGUCUGAGGCCCCAGCCAAGCUUGCCUUAUUGUGCUCUGGAGAAAAAGGCCAAAUUCCAGGCAUGUCAGGGAAGCAGAGCUCCACUGGAUGAGGUUACCUAGCCCACCUCAUUUGUGGCCAGCACUUCACAGUUUACAAAGCCCUCCCACCUCCGCUCACUGAUGUAUCCUGCUCUCACGCUGGUCAGGCAGGCGUUGUUCUCCUCACCCUCUUGUCCAGAGGGAAGACAUAAUCUCAGAGCAGUGAAGAAACAUCAUGGCCAAGGCCACUGGCUGCAGAGUGGUGGAGGUGGGGGCUGAGUCCAGAGAGCUUCUUAGCAUGCCUCCUCUGCACCAUCCAUUCUCAAGCCCCCCCACCCCCGAGGGAUCCAGACCUCAUGCUUAAAAACAGUACGCAGGCAUCUUUGAACAAACUUGUUUUCUUUUUUUACAUCUACAAUAAAUUAUUUAAAUUAUUUCUCAAGGGAGAGGGAUAGGUAAUUUUUACCAGGUUUUUUUUAAGCCUUUUUUUUUUUAGUUACGUUUUUGUUUAUAUUCCUGAGCUGGGCAAGCGGAACUUGCCCAGAGCCAGCAGGGCCCAGCCAAUCAGCAGAGGGUGCACUCAGCGCCCCGCUACUUGAUACCCUGGGUAUCACCUGACUGUAGACUCAGGAACUUUCUGAGAAUGAGGGCAGAAUAUGGAAAUGAGCUUUGUGGUGGUGGUGGUUCCGUAUUCACCUCAGCUCUAAAAUAAUUGUUCUUCCUAAAACAAGGCUUGAGAUUAUAUCAGAGAGAGAAACAGGCAGUCAGAAGUUGAUUUAUGCUUUUAAUAUGAAACCGUGCCUGAAAUAGUUUGAAUGAUUGUUUUAUCGUUGUUUCUGAAAUUACUUUUACCUUUGUAAUAAUAAUAAUAACAAAAGUGAAAAUAAACGCUGUGGAAUCGUGCAAUGGAAAGAGUGUAAUAAAUAAUAAAAACUGGCUAGACAUUUUAUUACAUGGAGUUUUGUUUUUCUUGAUUUGUUUCACCAAUACUAAUUAAUCACCUACUGUUUGGGCCAGAUGCCACACAGGGAAAAAAGACAUACAUGGUCCCUGCCCUCAUAGAGUUUUCA